ACUAAGAUUGAGCAAGAAAGAGACUUUCUUCGGUCUUACCUGUCUGUCCAGUUUUUUAUUACCUUCCAAGGAAGACAGAGAGCAGACUGUCUCGGCGUUUGGAUCUGUUCACUUGUCCUUAGAAACACAAAGGGGGAUUGUUGCAGAGUUUUAUGAACAGAUUAUCACUUUUUGCUGAACAAGGACACACGUCAGUUUUAUAAGAUCACUGUUUUGGACAUUGCAGAGACAGGAGCUGGACAUAUUUAUAGGGAAGGAUGAGCAGUUUUCUGUACUUCAUCCUCCCAGCUCUGGGUGGAUACGCUCUCACCUCGGUGUACCUGCUGAAGAACCCACUGAUUCUCCACAGGAGGAAACGCACAGCCUUUUACAGCACACACAUCUCACACAGAGGAGGAUGUGGAGAGAGGAUAGAAAGCACGAUGGAGGCGUUCACAAAUGCGGUGGAGCAGGGCACACACAUGCUGGAGAUGGACUGCCACUUGACACAUGAUGGACAUGUGGUGGUGUCACACGAUGAGAAUCUGCUGAGGCAGACCGGCCACGACGUCACCAUCUCCUCACUCAAGCUACAGGAUUUGCCUGUAUAUAAGGAGAGACUGGAGGUGACAUUUUAUGAAGGUCGCUACAGCAGCGGUGCAGACAGGAAGUUUGCUCUGCUCGAGGACGUGUUCAGGAAGUUCCCUGAGAUGCCUGUCAGCGUUGAGAUCAAAGAGAACAACCACCAGCUGAUAGAAAAGGUGUCUGACUUGGUGAAACACUACAACAGGGAGGAGAUCACUGUCUGGGCCUCCGUGAACUCCAGCAUCAUGAAGGAAUGCUGCAAAACGAACGGCUCCAUGCCAUUCAGCUUCACUAUGAACCGAGGUGUGCUGCUUCUGCUCCUCUUCUACAGCGGCCUGCUGCCCUUUGUGCCGCUGGAGGAGAGUUUACUGCAGUUCUACCUGCCACGCAUCAUCAACAGGACGUUCAUCCCUGAGAAUCGCAUCCUGAAGAACAGACUGGUUGUCUCUUUGUUAGAAAAAGUAACAAUGAGGAAGAGCCUUUUUAAACACCUUGCAGCCCGUGGAAUUCAGGUGCAUUUGUUUGUGUGCAAUGAAGAUGAAGACAUAAAGGCUGCAUUCGAAGUGGGGGCCACAGGGGUGAUGAGUGACUAUCCGAGUGUCUUGACAAGCUACCUCUGCAGAAACAGAAGUCAGGAUUGACCCCACACACGUCCCCACAUGACAACAAUUAAUAAACUCAUCACAUGGAAAUGAUGUAUGAGGAUUGUGUACACAAAAAGACUGUAAAAGUGUCCAACACAUUUCCUCAACCGUGACAGAAGAGCUGUUCAUUGUUCACUGUUCACUGUUGAUGUGAAUUAUCUGCAGUCAGUCAGUCAAACAGUCAUUGUAUAUAAUAAUGUAUAUCAUAACGGUGCUGGUGGGAUUUUACUUGAUUUUUCCUUUUUUAGUGCAAUGAGACACAGUACAGACAUAGGCGUAAUCAAAUAUAAUACAGACAAUAACACGAAACACUUAACAGAGGUUAUGAUUUGUAAUUGGUGCAUAUUUUUAGUUGUUUAUGGGAAAACAACACAUACACAUACACAUACACAUACAUAUAUACAUAUACACAUGUCAUAUUAGGAGCCCAUGUGUUUCUGUGCCUGUAUGAAAGUGUGUUGUUGUGUGUCAAGUGUUAAUGUUUGCAUAGGUGUGACCAGAGGAAUGUGCAGGUAUGUGUGAGGAGGAGGAGGAGGAGGAGGAGGAGGAGGAGGAAGAGGAGGAAGAAGAAAAUAAAUAAGGAAUCAAAUGGGGAAAAAAAGAAAAAGUGGUGAAAAGGAAAAUACAUAUAUGUGCACAUACACACAUUAUGUACGUGUGUAUUUAAUAUAACAAAUAUAUCAACAGCUUGGGUUUUACAGGGGUUCACUGCAGUACUUCUUUAUCUUUUCUUAUCUUUAUCUUACGGGUGUUACUGUCUUGGUCUGCCCCCAAACCCUUGCAAUGAUAAUGAUAUUUAUGUUCAAGAAAAUAGGUAGUUUAUCUAAUGAGUGGUGAUGAAUAACUGAAUAGUUGAUGACAACAACAACUCAAGGCAACAAUAGAUAAUGAUAAACAAGGAUGUGGAGAAAGAAGAUGUGUUGUCUUGUUGAUUGUGAUGAAUCUACUGAUGAAUUGGAGUUGGUUUGCCAAUAAAUAAUGGAAGUAAUGUGGGGGUUUUUUGGUUUUCGGUUGCCAAUUUGGUGUAUUGUAUAUCCACAAUAAUAUUUGGGGAUUUUGAAGUCUAGGUGAGGGUGGGUUUAAUUGGAAUGAUUGAGAAUUACAUUUAUUUUAGGGACACUUUAACCCUUUAUCAGGCGAGGAACCAUAUAUAGUAACUUCCUUAUUUUUUUAAUAGGUGAUAUACUAAUAGUUACGGCUUUCUUCUUACAAAUAACUCAGAGUGGGCUUGAUCUUGAUUUGCUUAAGGUUUAUUUGUUACAUAUUUUCAUAGUAUAUUGAUGUGGUAUAUUUCUUUUGCAGCAGCUGUUUGCUCAGUCCUUCUAUGGGAAGAGGAGGCCUGCUGUGCCACAGACUGUUGGUGUACCUACCUACACAUCAUUGACUUUGCAGCCUAAAACUGAAACUUUUUUAAAAAGUCAAAAAAGAAAAAAUGUCUUCUUAUAUCCACCAAUAACACUCCAGGGUUAAAAUUUUAAAUUUGCAAGUUGUUCAAUGAGUGCCCUAUAAAGGGUUAACAGUACCUAUUCUGACAAUAACUGAUAUCGAUUGAUAUCGAUAGAUAAUGGGUUUGGUCCAGUUUAUAGAGUAACUGCAAAUGUUCAUGAUUCUCCAAAGCCUAUUUUUCUAAUGUGGCAAAUAGAAAAGUCCCGUUUCUGCAUCAAGAGAGAUGAAUAAUCUAUUAAACUUAUUAUUUGCAUGUAUUAUUGGAUGAGUGUUCACCUUCAAUAAACGAUUUGGAUGGAUUAUGGAAAGAAUCAAAGUAAACUAGAGCCUCACUUUUGACUCUGAUCUCUGUGUUGAUGAGUGAAAUGGGACAGUAGCAGUCAGGUUGGUUGGUUGUAGUUUGUAGUUGGUUGUAGUUUUGUUUUGUUUCAGUUGUC